AUGAAAAAUUAUACAGCAAUUACUACAUUCAUCCUGGUAGGACUAACCGAUGAUGCAAAUCUUCAAAUUCUGCUUUUCAUAUUUUUGCUCUUAACCUACUUAUUGAGCGUGAUUGGUAACCUGACCAUCAUCACUCUCACACUGGUGGAUUCCCACCUUAAGACUCCCAUGUAUUUUUUCCUCAGAAAUUUCUCCCUUUUGGAGGUCUCAUUCACAACUGUCUGUAUUCCCAGAUUCCUCUACACAAUGGCGUCUGGGGACAAUACCAUUUCCUACAAUGCAUGUGCCACUCAACUAUUUUUUGUUAUUGUCCUGGGUGUGACUGAGUUUUUUCUGCUGACUGCCAUGUCCUAUGACCGAUAUGUGGCCAUCUGCAAGCCUCUGCAUUACACCACCAUCAUGAGCAACAGGGUCUGCAUCCAGUUCCUUAUUGGCUGUUAUUUAAUGGCUUUAAUUAUUGUCAUCCCACCUUAUAGCAUAAGCUUUAAGCUUGAGUUUUGCAACUCCAAUGUCAUAGAUCACUUUGGCUGUGAUGCUGCUCCCAUCCUGAAGAUCAGCUGCUCCAACACAGAGUUCAUAGAGCGGUUUGUGUUGAUCUUGGCUGUGCUGACACUCAUGUUCACGUUACUGUGUGUGGUAAUGUCUUACACAUACAUUAUCAGAACCAUCCUCAGAUUCCCAUCAGCCCAGCAAAGGAAAAAGGCUUUUUCUACUUGUUCUUCUCAUAUAAUUGUGGUUUCUAUCACUUACGGCAGCUGCAUUUUCAUCUAUAUUAAACCAUCUGCAAAAGAAGGAGUGGCUGUAAAUAAAGUUGUGUCUGUGCUCACGACUUCGGUUGCUCCAGUUAUGAAUCCUUUUAUCUACACUCUGAGGAAUAAGCAAGUGGUUCAAGCUUUCAAAGACAUGAUCAAAAGGAUUGCCUCUUUCAUAAAGAGCUAA